AUGACUCUUAAACGAGGAGCUUUAAUAGUUAUUGAAGGUGUAGACAGAACUGGUAAAUCAACACAAAGUAAACGUUUAGUGGAAAAUUUGAAGAGCAAACAGAUUCAAGCGAUAUAUACAAACUUUCCCGACAGAAAUACAGAAAUUGGUAAAGUUAUUGAUAGUUAUUUGACAUCAAAGAAUGAGUUGUCAGAUGAAACAGUUCAUUUGCUUUUUUCUGCUAAUAGAUGGGAAAAAGCAAAAAGCAUAAUAAAACUGUUAGAGGAAGGAAUCAGUGUGAUUGUUGACAGAUAUUGCUACUCGGGUGUAGCUUUUUCAGCUGCAAAAGGUUUGGAUUUAAACUGGUGCAAAUCUCCAGAUGCUGGUUUACCAAUGCCUGAUAAAGUAUUCUUUCUCACAAUGCCCCUGGAUAAUAUUUUGCAGAGAAAAGGAUUUGGUAAUGAAAGAUAUGAAGUAUUGGAUUUUCAAAAGAAAGUUUCAGAAAUGUACCAAAAGUUACAAGAAGACAACUGGGAAUUAUUAGAUGCCAGCAGGACUUUAGAGACCAUACAAGAUGAGUUAUUAGAGAAAUCAUUGAAUGUAAUCAACAUGAUUGGUUUAAAACCUAUAGGCAAGAUUUGGGUA